UAUAUGUUUAAUAAAUAUUAAGUACAUUUAGGAGAUAAAAAUGAAGUCAAUAAGGAGAUCUAAAAAUUAUCAUAAUAAACCCAGUCAUAAUAAUUAGUUUCGACUAACUUAUUGGAGGAUCCAUCAUUAUAUGAUUAUGAUGGAUUUGUUUCAAAAAAGAAUAAAAAUGAAAAAGCUGUUGUCAUACAAAAAUAGUCUGUUAACAAAGAGAAAAAAUUACCUUAAUACUUAAAUUCUGUUCUUGAAUAAUCAAAAAAGAGAGAAUUUGAAAGAUAAGCAAUAUAAUCAAGAAUGAAUGCGAAGGAGACAUUGAAAUCAGGGAAAGAAGUAUACAUAACAGAUUCGUAAUAAUUUAAAAUAGAUUUAGAUUUAAAUAGAAGCAUGAACAAAUUAAGAGAUAUGAAUAGAUUGAAUAAAUUUAAGAAAAAAUAAAUGAUGAAAGCAGAAAGAGAAAUAAUUUAGGAAUUUAUAAAUCACUUUAUGAUAAUGAAUCUAAAAAAGGUGAAAAUUAACAUUCCCAAGUUGAUUCAUAUAAAAUUAUAGAGAAAAUAAUCACUGAAUAAGAAAAAUAAAAAGUAAGUUCAUAAAUUACACAAAAUCAUAUUGAGAAUAAUCAAUUGAAACUAGAAAGUGAUGAGUUAGAGAAAAAUUAGAAGAUUAUUAACAAAAAUGAAUUAGAAUAAGUGGCAAACUCUAAAUCUAGAUCAAGAUCAAGAUCUUAAUCAAUAAAAGAAUAGAAGAAAUAAGAAAAUGAAGGUUUGACAAAAGAGGAGAAACUAAAAUAGUACAAAGAGCGUUACUUAUAAAGGAAAUAAUAAUGAG